AUGAGAACAGCGCAGCUUUCCAAGACCCAGUGGGAGAAAGUGGAUAAAGCCCUCCGUCCACUUUUCAAAGAUACCCUCAAACUCCCACGUGAGGUUGCGAACGAAUAUCUCUACGGUGGAAGAAACUCCGGAUCCUGCGCCAUACCAUUAGCUGCGGAAGACAGUGAUCUCCUUCUCAUUGACAACGCCUUCAAACUGCUCACCUCCAAUGAUCCCACCAUAAAAGAAUUAGCCCUAGCCGACCUACUCAACACCACGAGUAAAAGAACCAGACCCCAAACUCCCACCCUUGAGGACGCUGCCCUCUACUUAUCCGGCUACAAUGAAGGCUCAUACCGCACCACCACCAAUGCCAUAUCCAACGUGUGGACACAAGCAAGACAGGCAUCAUCCCGUAUAAAAGUCUCAUGGACGAUUGAUGAUGACGGUCCCUCUCUCCAUCACUUGGACAUCACCCUCGAACCACGGCACAGGCAAGCUAUCGCCCGCACUCUCCGCCAACAAACUCGACAAGUCAGAGACAAACGUCUCCACAGUCUUGCCAACCAAGGAAAAGUGAUGGAGGUUGUUGCCCAAUCUAAAGCAAGUCAUCAUUUCAUUCAAAACGGUGACUACAUCCGAUUUGCUGACUGGCGUUUCAUUCACCGAGCAAGACUCAACCUGGUCCCCCUUAACGGUGCUAAAAUGUGGCAACGGGAUGCAAAUGCAGCCUGCAGGCGAUGCAACCACCCACAAGAAACUCUACCUCACGUCCUCAAUCACUGCAUGAGGUACAGUCAAGCCUACACCCACCGCCACAACGCCAUAGUCCAUCGACUGAAGACCGCUCUUGCCAAGUUCACCAUCAUCGCAGAAAACCAAACGGUCGUCCCCAACCUAGACAUCCGUCCUGACUUACUAGCAGUAAAAGAUAACCAUGCCUUCAUCAUUGACGUCACCAUCCCGUUUGAGAAUCGACCCGAAGCAUUCACUAAAGCCCGAGAAACCAAGAUGGAGAGAUACAAACUUCUUCAACAAGCCCUUCUCUCAAGAUACGGUGCAGUCGAUAUUGUCCCAUUCAUUGUCGGAUCUCUUGGAUCAUGGGAUAAUAACAACGACCAAUUCCUUCGCUUAGUGUGUGCCAAAUCCUAUGCAAAACUCUUUAAAAAACUUUGUGUAGUGGACUGUAUUAAGUGGUCAAGGGACAUCUACAUCGAGCAUCUUACCAACAUUCCCCAAUACAAAAAACCAUAA